ACUGGUUCGAUGAAAACGUAGAAUUGUAGUUAUUCGGAGAACUUUCUGUUUAUGUGAAAAACUUGGAAAGAAAGAUCAGUCAGAAUGGGAGUGCUUACAGCGAAAAAUCCUGAAGCAAUGGAUGUCGAUAUAAUUUCUCCUGAAAGUCAAAAUGGUGAUGGCGAUGUUUGUGACAAAAAGGAUACCGACCUUCAAACGAUUCAUGACAUUCGUGAGCACGCUCGUCAAAUUGAAAAAGCUGUACAGAGCAAGGAACCGCGUUUCAUUCUAAGAGCAUUACGUACACUGCCCAACACACGUCGUAGAUUGAAUUCUAAUGUUCUACGUGGUGUAAUUCUAAGCUUCUAUUCAAAACCAUGUUCAGAACGUGAUGCAUUAUUGUCAUGGUUAGAAGAAUCCAACGAAGUAGAAGAAACACAAAAACUUCGUGCUUCAACUGCGAGUCCAUUACCAGAAAUUGAUGCUUAUAUUCAUUUGUUAGUUCUAGUGCGUUUAAUUGACACUGGAAGACACGAGGAAGCUGUCCAAUGUUCCGAAGCGCUAUUACAAAAAAUAAUUGCUCAGAAUCGGCGUACAAUUGACUUGAUUGCAGCAAAAUGUUACUUCUAUUAUUCAAGAUCGUAUGAAUUAGUUGGAAGAUUGGAUAAAAUUCGAGGAUUGUUGCAUUUGAGAUUAAGAACAGCAACAUUGAGAAAUGAUUUCGAAGGGCAGGCAGUAUUGAUCAAUUGCUUACUGAGAAAUUAUUUGCAUUACAAUUUGUACGAUCAAGCAGACAAGCUUGUGCUCAAGUCAACAUUCCCAGAGUCUGCUAGUAAUAACGAAUGGGCUAGAUUCUUGUAUUAUUUAGGACGUAUCAAAGCAGCCAGAUUAGAAUACUCUGCUGCACAUAAGUAUUUGGUGCAGGCUCUCAGAAAAGCACCACAAAGCACUGCAGUAGGUUUUCGUCAGACUGUUCAAAAAUUGGCAGUUACAGUGGAACUUUUACUAGGAGAUAUCCCUGAACGUCAAACUUUCCGGCAGGCAGCGAUGCGUCGCGCCUUGGCACCAUACUUUCAAUUGACGCAAGCUGUGCGUUUGGGAAAUCUUCAACGUUUUGGGGAGGUCUUGGAAAACUUUGGUCCACAGUUUAGAGCAGACCACACGUUCACCCUAAUUCUCAGAUUGAGGCACAACGUUAUUAAAACUGCGAUCAGAUCAAUCGGACUUUCCUAUUCCAGAAUUUCACCCGGGGAUAUUGCGAAGAAGUUGGGCUUAGACUCGAGUGUCGACGCAGAGUUUAUUGUAGCUAAAGCUGUUAGAGACGGUGUGAUUGAGGCUACCUUGGAACCAGAGAAUGGUUACAUGCGCAGCAAAGAGACCACCGAUAUUUAUUGUACUAAAGAGCCAUUGCUCGCGUUCCAUCAGAGAAUUACAUUUUGCUUGGAUUUACAUAAUCAGAGCGUUAAAGCCAUGAGAUAUCCUCCGAAAUCAUAUGGAAAGGAUCUCGAAUCGGCAGAAGAACGUAGAGAACGAGAACAACAGGAUUUGGAACUUGCCAAAGAAAUGGCAGAAGAAGACGAUGAUGGAUUUCCUUAGGCUGUUUACUUUUUGAAUACGUUUAAUCAAUAAAGUGAUUUACCAUAAGGUUCAUGUUACACUUUCUUAUAUUUUGUAUUUGGUAUGUGGCAA